AAGAGAAAAGAAGUGAAAAACCGUUAUUUAACUACCAAGGCACUACAUAGAAAGGAAGAAUUAAUGUUCAGCUAUAAACACGGGAACUUAGUGGGUCCCUUUUCCUUAGUGGCUUCGUCAACAUCUCUCUCUAUUCUUCUUCUUUCUUAAUCUCAAUGUAAUGCGAAUGCUUUGCUUUUGGUUUUUCCUAUUUUUAGUUCUUUCUUUGGUCUUCUUUUCUUCCCCGUUUUGUUUGCCACACUUUCCUGGCACACUUUCCUCAUUUCCUUUUUAUUAUUUUAUCCUUUUUUUUUUCAAUUCUUAGUGACAAUGAAUGCACACUUAAAUAAAAAGAUUUUGUAUUUUCUUAUUUGUAAUAUCGAAUCCACUUCCUUCUCCUUCUAAUUAUAAACUAUAUCCCAUUACACAUUGUUGCCAAUUUCAACCGUGAACCUUUUUUUUUUCUUCCCCAAGUUGCUUCCUUUCUGCUUUAAUAUGGGGUGCGGUUAUAUGAGAUUUUCACGGUGAUACCAAUACUGGGUUGUGUUUUUUCCCGUUCAUAUUUGUGUUUUCUCACAUAAAGUUAAGUUCUUUUGGUUUCUGGUUAUUUGUUUUGAAUCAAAAUGUGGAGUAGAGGGUGGUGUGUAGGGUCAUUGUUGAGGCAAAGGGUAUGUGCUACUUUAAAUAUUGGAAGUAGCCAUGGCUAUGGUGGAAAGGCUCAUCAACCUUUUGAUCACACUCCAUUGUUCGGUUUGAAAGGUUUUGCUGAUGAUGGAAGAAAGAGGAAUAAUAAUGGAGAAGGAGGAAGAGGUGUUGGUGUUGGUUCUAUAUCUGUUUUUCUGAACCGAAUGAAUAAUAAGAGGGGUGUGUGUUCAUCAACUUGGGUUUCAUCUCCUUUUAACAAUGGGGGCAUUAAUAAUUCAAAUUCUCCAUCUUCUUCUUAUGGGAAAAUAGAAGGGACAAAUAGUUUAUCAUACGCUGAGGCGAAGAAGUUAAUGAGGCUAGUGAAUGUGGAGAAUCUAAAGCUGAAGCUUGGAAGUGAUGGGAAGGAAGUUAUUCCGUACAAUGAACUUAUUGAAGCAUGUGAAAGCAUGGGAGUUGUAAGGAAUAAAGAAGAGGCUAUGGCGUUUGCUAAGGUUCUUGAUGAAGCUGGUGUUAUUCUUCUCUUUAGGAACAAGGUCUAUCUGCACCCUGAUAAGGUGGUUGAUCUGGUUAUAAGUGCAGUUCCACUAGCAUUAACUUCUGAGAAUGAUCCUAGAAGGGAAGAACUAAAGAGGCUUCAAGAGAAGAAAGAAGAGCUCGAUGUCUUGGCGCACAAGCAAGUCCGGCGCAUCCUCUGGGGCGGCCUAGGAUUCGGCAUAGCCACCGUCUCCCUCUUCUUCCGGCUAACAUUCUGGGAAUUCUCAUGGGACGUCAUGGAGCCGAUCGCAUUCUUCACCACGUCGACCGGCCUAAUCAUCGGCUAUGCCUACUUCCUAUUCACCUCAAGGGACCCUACUUACCAAGACUUCAUGAAGAGGCUAUUCCUUUCAAGGCAGAGGAAGCUUCAUAAGAGGCACAAUUUUGAUAUUGACAAGUAUAAUGAUCUUAGGUGCAAAUGCAAAACACCUUUAGAUGCAAAAACCACACUCAAGAAUCGUUUAGGCGUGGAUCUAGAUCUGGAGGAGGCUUAAUUAAACAUAGUGAUUAUUAAUUAAACCUUAUACUUUACACUUUACACAUCUCAUUUUUUGUUCUUAAUGUUAUUAUAAAUUUAACGUUAUUCUCCCCAGUUUUCCAAGUUGGAGGGGGAAAAAAGAAAAGCUUAUUCUAACUUUUGUUUUGGUUUGUGACUUGUAAUGAGCCAUGAUCAUUUUGAACUUAUUGUCACUUUUUAUGUACUUUUUUACUUACCAAGGAAAUAUUACAUCCCCUUUUCA